AUGUUUUGUGCCUUGUGAUUUAUGACCUAAUAAAAUAAAUUCGAAAAACUGUUCUAUUGACAUCUUGAUUUGUGCUGUUUUGUUAAUUCUAAAUUAUAUUUAUUACGAAUUAGGAAGUUGCUAUAUAAAUGAUUUUAAACUAGUAAGACAUAAGAACAUGAAGUGAAACCUAUAUUAUUUAGAACUAAGAUAAACGAAGAAAAUGAGUAAUAUAGAAGAAACAGAAAUUGAUUCUUCAGAAGUUAAUGGAAAAGUAGUCAAUGAAAAUAAAACAACGGAAUGGGUAAAGUUUGAUGAUGAAGAAAAAGAUUCCGCUACCGCCAAUGGUAAAACAGUUAAUUCACAACCAGGACCAUCUGCAAACAUAGGAGUGCCUGCGGUAUUAAACACGGAAUCUGUUCAAGUGAAUUUAGAGCGAAAUGAUAAAAAUUCAGAGCCAUUAAGCCCUCAUAAAAAUGUAGAAGUUAUUAAUAUUCACCAAGGAUUUAGCAAUGGGGAUAUAAUUGUUACUUUACUCCCUGUAAAUACAAAUUUGCCAUGGAUUACACCAGCUCAGUUCAGACCAGAAUUGGUUCCGGAAGAAUUAAUGGCUCAAGGGUUAACCUUGACAGUGGAAGAGUAUGUUCAUGCAAUGGAAUUACUGGUGAAUGAUGCUCGGUUUACCUUGUAUAACAUUUGUUACAAGAGAGUACUUGUUUGUUGGAUCACAAUAGCGUUUAUAGUGCUUCUCAGCUUGCUAUUCUCAGGCCUGACUGGACUUACACUAUUCAGCCUUGGUGUGGUGUGGUUGAUUUUAAAUGCAUUGGCAAUUUUUGUCUGCAUGUGGAUCAAGUUAAGACUUUCAAAAGGAUUAGAGAGAUGUUUAGCAAGUGUAAACAAGCUGCUCAUUAAACAUAAAUUGAUUCUUGCUUUAGAUGAUAGAGGAAAAUUAUCCUGCCAUAAAGUUCAUCUUUGUUUUCUGUAUUUUGACUCUGAACCUUGCAUUUCUCAUAUUCAACAAUUUAUUGCUAGUGAAGAAGGGAAAACUAUAAUUCAAGGCUGGGAACAGAAGUUAGAUGUGCAAGCAACUGACAUUGUAAUACGAGGAAGUCAAACUACAAGGUUGUCAAGAAAACAGGAAAGAGGUGCUCUUCUGUACAUCCGAUAUGUAGGCAGAUGGGGGGCAUAUGUGGUGAAGAACAGACUUAAACUCAGCAGCUUUUCUCCAGGACGUCACGGAGAGAAAUACGUCUGUCCCUGCCAGUUUAUAGAAGAGCAUCUCAAAACGAAGCCACCUGCUGGCCUAGCUAAGUACUUUACAUUACCUAAUCAAAGUAUUCAUGUGUAAUAAUGACUGAAGUUUUCCGUCCAAUGUUGAACCUAGAGUCAACCUAAAAAUUUGUUGUAUAUUUUAAAUGGCUGUUAAUUAUUGAUUUUAUAGCCAUUGACACUUUGUCUUUAUAAGGUGACCAUUAUUUAUAUUGUACCAUAUUAAAAAUAUAUGUUUCACAUUAGCAUGUUCUAAAUGUGGUUCUUAUGUUUAUAUUAUUUUAGGCAUAUACAUUUUUUAUUUAACCAAUUUUAGAUUAAUGACUAAUAUAUAACAUUAUAUUUUGACACAAUAUUAUCUUUAUAUUUUAACAUAAUCAAUAUUCAAUUUACAAACCAUUUUAUGGUUGUAUGUAAUAAAUUACGAAUAAUGAGUUUUUAAGUGGCCAUUUUUAUUGUAGGUUCCAAUAUUGUUUACAUUAUUUUGGUAUAUGUGUAUAGAAUUAUUUAUCUAUUUGAUAAACACUUAUGUUCUACGCAUUGCUCUUUUUCGCCCUGGCAUUUCUUGUAAUACCUAGGUAACACUGAAAAUGUUUAGAAAAUGAAAAACGGCUUAACGUAGAAAGUUGCCAAUACUUUUAUUGUUUUUCAAAGUAAUCUCCGUUCUUCUCUACACAU